UUCAACCACAUCCGAUUGUUCGGUUGCAUGUCGACAAGUGCCAGAAGUGAUGUCUCAAUGAUCAGGGAAGGGGUGCUAGUAGCUGCCUUUCUCAAAUCCACUCCCUGAUGGCUACAGUGCGAAUCUGCGUCUGUGGAGACGAGGGUACUGGCAAGUCCAGCCUGAUCACUUCCCUCGUCAAAGGAGUCUUCGUCACGAACAAGAUCCAACCCGUCUUACCCCAGAUCACAAUUCCUCCGACCAUUGGGACUCCCGAAAAUGUCACGACAACAACAGUGGUGGACACCUCCGCGCUCCCCCAGGAGCGGAAUAACCUGGCAAGGGAGAUCCGGAAAUCGAACGUGAUCUUGCUUGUCUACUCGGAUCACUACAGUUACGAGAGAGUAGCCCUGUUUUGGCUGCCGCAUUUCCGGUCCUUAGGAGUCAACGUACCUGUGGUUCUCUGCGCAAACAAAUCUGAUUUGGCCGCGGACCACACGGAGACCCAAGUCAUUGAAGAGGAGAUGCUCCCGCUGAUGGCAGAAUUCAAGGAGAUCGACUCAUGUAUACGCACCAGUGCCCGCGAGCAUCGAAAUGUCAAUGAAGCCUUCUUCCUUUGCCAGAAAGCUGUCACGCAUCCCAUCGCACCACUUUUCGACUCCAAGGAGUCUGCCCUUAAACCCGCUGCUGUCGCUGCACUGCAGCGCAUUUUCUAUUUGAGUGACAAGGAUCGAGAUGGUUACCUCAGUGAUAAAGAGAUCGAGGAUUUCCAGAUGCGCUGUUUUGAGAAGCCUUUGAGUCAAGAGGACUUGGUCCAUAUCAAGGAAACCAUACAAAGGGGACACCCACACUCGGUCACUCCCUCGGGCAUCGACUGCCGUGGGUUCAUUCAUCUGAAUAAGAUGUACGCUGAAAAAGGUCGUCACGAGACAGUCUGGAUCAUUCUGCGGGCAUUUCAAUAUACAGACAACCUGUCGCUACAGGAGAACUUUCUUCACCCGAGAUUCGAAGUUCCCCCUUAUGCAUCAGCUGAACUAUCGCCAGAGGGCUAUCGGUUCUUCGUCAAUUUGUUCCUGUUAUCCGACAAGGACAAUGAUGGUGGCUUGAACGACGCCGAGCUGGCGUCGUUGUUUGCGCCGACACCAGGGUUACCUGCCUCGUGGGCGGAUGGCUCAUUCCCGUCUUCCACCGUGCGAAAUGAGGCCGGUCAUGUCACCCUUCAGGGCUGGCUUGCACAGUGGAGCAUGACCACCUUUACAUCACCCAAGACCACGCUUGAGUAUCUAGCGUAUCUGGGAUUCGAGUCAUCCGACCGCAGCAAUCCUUCCACUACGGCGGCGCUUAAAGUCACGCGUCCACGAAAGCGACGGAGACGACCCGGGCGUGUGGGGCGCAAUGUUGUCCUCGGCCACGUGCUUGGAGCUCCGGGAUCCGGCAAAUCGGCCCUGCUAGAUGCUUUUCUCUCGCGAGGGUUUAGCGCCACAUAUCAUCCCACUAUCCAACCCCGGACGGCUGUGAACACCGUUGAGCUCCCGGGGGGUAAGCAGUGCUAUCUGAUUCUGGAUGAGCUUGGAGAAUUAGAGCCGGCGAUCCUGGAAAAUCAGGCCAAGCUUUUAGACCAGUGCGACGUUAUUGUAUACACAUACGACUCGUCUGACCCGGAUUCCUUCGCAUAUAUUCCAGCCCUCCGGGCCAAGUACCCGCACCUUGAAGAGCUUGCAAGCGUUUUCGUGGCACUCAAGGCGGACUUGGACCGGACCACUCAGCGGGCCGAGCAUCAACCUCAUGAAUACACGGCCAUGCUGAACAUGCCCAGUCCACCGCUCCAUGUCAGCGCUACGUGGAGCUCAAUUCAAGAGGUCUUUGUUCAUAUCGCGGAGGCGGCCAUGGAACCCAGCACGGCUUUUCCGCGGAGUGAGGAAGAUGUGGAAGGCAAGUGGAUGUCGUGGGGUAUAGCCUUGGGGGCGGUUGUCUGCGCGGGGGCAGCAGCAGUGAUGAUUUGGCGGAGAGUCAGUGGCAGCGGGGUCUGAAGAGGGCGCUGUUUGAGUCCCAAUAACACUUAUGUAUGAAUAGUCGGAAACCCAG